GUUGUGCUUUCUCUCUCACGCUACAAGCCUAACCCUAUGGAAAAGAAACACAAGGGUCGGUCCAGUUUGGAAAAAAAUUGAGACUCAGACCAGACACUGGAACGGACCAAUCAGAAAGCAGGACCUCCGUGGCUUUUAAUACGACCGACGCUCUCCGGUCAUCACUUUUCACUGAACGGACCGAGCAACAACAUCGUCCCUCUGAUUGAUGUUCCUCACGUUGUGUUGGUUGUUGGCGUUUUAUCUGGAAGAAACACGUGUUUGGAGAGAGUACCAUCAAGUGUUGACGCACCUCCAUGAAGACUUGGAAAGAAACAACAACAACAACGAACAGAACAUCCGGACAACAUCAUGUCGAACAACAUGUCGAAACGCUUGAAUGACAAGACACGAAGCGACAUGAGUGGCCAAGGAAGCAGUGGAGAUGGGAGCGGUGAAAUGACUGCUGAACUGUGGGGUGAAGUGUACGACUUGCUGUGUUUAAAGAUGAAGACCGACGACGCGUACGCCAAGUUACGUACGAAGGGCGACGACAUGAUGUGCGAACAGAUACGUUCAAAGAUGAGGAAGCUGACUGAACCCCAGAAAGGAACAUCGAAGAAGACGUUAAAGAAGAUCCAGAAGAAAAAGACGAGCAAACCCACAGCAGUUGUUGUCCCCACAGCAGCAGCAACAACACCCACCACCACCACCACCAAAGCGCCAGUCACCACCACCACCACCACAGCAGCCACAGCAACAUUGCAGCAGCGACAACAGACACCGAAACGAUGGGGACAUCCUUUUUGAAACCUGCAACACCUGCAACUUCUGCAAAAAGACGAUCACGGAAGAAAUUAUCUCUGAAGAUCUCUCCUCAAGAACAGCUGACCCCUGAUGUCAGUUCAGCCCAGACCAUGCUAGAACAGUGGUGGGAACAAACACCUCGGGAGCCCACCUAUUCACCGAAUGCCCCUGUGACGAUGGCGACGGGUGACCUCGAUGAUCAUGAAGCGCUCAAGCUGGCCACUCUCCCUUCCAUGGAUCUGGACACGCUCCCCCUGCUUGAGGCUUCUUGGUCACCAGCAUCACCGGAAGAUGUUCAUGUCUACUCCUCAGGUAUGCCCAUGGUUUGCGACGAUGAUGAUGAUGAUGACAACCUUGACCUGGAUCCUUAUGGAGAAGCUCAACUCACUCCCCUACAACGCGAAUUUCGUGUUUGCCGACACAACAACAUGUUAAGAUACAUCAGUUGCAACAGCGGGCAAGUGAUGUGUCAUGCCUGUGGUCUGGAGCUCAUAGACUGUACUUGUAUGUUGACCUAUGACAGCAUAGUGACACAUGACAUGCCUAUCGCAUCUGAGGAUCACAUCUUAUGGUGAUCCUCCUCUUCACUCGAAGAACUUUACAACACGUAAGCUGCAACCGUGAUCAAGUGAUGUGUCAUGUCUGUUUCAUGGAGGCCAUAGACUGUACGUGUUGAACGGAUGGACCUCUCACAUGUUUGAGGGAGGACCACCUCUUAUGGGAUUGAAGAUAGAAGAGCUUGAAGAUGAAAGAGGAAAACGUUGUCGCGUUUUUGUUGUUGUUGUUGUUGUAGGGACAUGCAAAGCACUCCCUCCUCCAUUGACUUUUCGUAUUUCCAUUGUAUCUGGUUGUGAUUGUUUUUUCCAUUAUU